AUGUCCGGUGGUGGGCAAAGUUCCACCUCGGUUGCGAAGCUGGCCACGGUCAGCAGCAGCGGCCAUCACCACCAGCACCAUACAACUGCAUCACCCUCCUCGACCCAAUCGACCAACACGAGCAGCGCCAGCACCUACUACCCCUCACCACCUGUGACCAUCAGGGGCAAGUCCAACUCGGACUGCAGUCGCUUUACCUACUCUGAUCUCGGUUAUGAAUCUCUGCACUCGACGCCAAAGUCGACUCUCGGCACUGGGGGUAGUGAAAGUGCUGGCACCGGUGGAAAAAGUAACCAGUGCUCUAGUGCCGCCCUCGAGCUGUCCUCCUCACUUGGCGGUGAUGGUGAUGACUGCGGUGACUCGGCAGAGUGCGUCUGUUUGCCUGAGGAGGAGGAGGAGGGAGAAGAUGACGAUGACGACGAAUCAGUGGAGCUAAAGUGCAAUCGAGAUCCUAUUCGACGGCGCAUCUCACUCACUACCAAGGAGAAUCACAGCGUCCACCCGAAAACCUCUUCUUCCUCUUCUAAUGCAGCAAAUUCUGCAGAAGAAAAAAAGAAAAGGAAAGACCACCGUAGAGCCUCUAAAAACUGCGGCGGGAGCAACAGCAGUAAUUCAGCGUUCAGCAGUCUUCGGCGAUGUCGCUUUCGGCGGUACCUCUUCAAGUGGAUGGGAGGAGGUGGAGGUCGUGGUGAGCAGGUCGCCAACAAGACGCUGACCAUUGAAGAUGGCGACAGUGAACUGGUUGAGAUUCACGAGGAGCAGCUGGUCGUGGCCACUACCACUUCUUCUACGACGCCCACUUCAGGAGCAGUUGAUGGUGGUGGUGUAAAUGGUGCUGGAGGUUUAGUAACUGGAGGCAAUGGCGAGGUGCGCGAAGAGUGGGGCAAAAAGAUGGACUUUCUUCUCUCCAUUAUCGGCUUUGCCGUAGAUCUCUCCAAUGUGUGGCGAUUUCCCUACCUGUGCUACAAGAACGGCGGAGGCGUCUUUCUCAUUCCUUAUACGAUCAUGCUCCUUUUUGGUGCCCUGCCUCUUUUCUUCAUGGAGCUCAGCCUGGGCCAGUUUGCCAAGUCUGGGCCGAUCAACAUUUGGGACAAGAUCUGUCCGCCGUUGAAGGGCAUCGGCUACUGCUUUGUCCUCAUCAGUUGGUACGUCAGCUUUUACUACAACGUGAUCAUCGCCUGGACUACCAACUACGUCAUCAAGACGCUUAUUUCUGGUUGGGAUUUGAUCAGCGAGGAGAUGCCCUGGCAGCACUGCGGCAACAGCUUCAACACCAAGAAGUGCAUCAGCAUGGACGACAUUCGCAAGCAGUGCGGCAAUCGAGAGAAUCCGGUGGUGAAUCGAUCGGAGGCGGUCUGCGGACAGUUGGCCAAUCGGACAUCGCCUACGGAGGAGUUCUUUAAUUUUGGCCUGCUACAAAUUGACAAAGCGGACGGUUUCUCAAACAUGGGCGUCCUCCGACCGGAACUGGUCGGCUGCCUUAUCAUAGUUUUCAUUACGCUCUACUUUUCCCUAUUCAAAGGCGUCAAGUCUUCAGGAAAGGUCGUCUGGGUGACCGCCACCGCCCCUUACUUCAUUCUCACCAUUCUCCUCGCCAGAGGACUCUUUCUUCCGGGAGCUUUAUCGGGCAUCAAGUACUACAUCAGUCCUCGAAUGGAGAUGCUUUCCGACCCGAAUGUGUGGGUGGACGCAGCCGUGCAGGUCUUCUACUCGAUCGGCGUCGGCUUUGGUGUCCACCUCACCUACGCCUCUUUCAACAAGUUUAACAACAACUGCUACGCCGACUGUCUGGUGACCGCAUCCGUCAACUCGCUCACCUCCUUCUACUCGGGUUUUGUCAUCUUCACCUACCUCGGCUACAUGGCUCACUCAAUGGACAAGGAGAUUCAGAAUGUUGCUUCGGAAGGCUACGGGUUGGUUUUUCAGGUGUACCCCGAGGCAAUCAGCACGUUGCCCUUUGCCAAGUUUUGGUCCAUCCUCUUCUUCUUUAUGCUCCUCACGCUAGGCAUCGACUCAGCGAUGGGCGGCCUGGAGGCGGUCAUCACCGGGCUGAUGGACGAGUUCAGGUUGCACAACUGGAUCAGACGAGAGGUCUUUACUGUUAUCGUCAUCUGUGGAUCGUUUUGCGGGGCGUUGGUCAACUGUACACAGGGUGGCGGUUUUACAAUGGUCUGGUUUGACACCUACUCGGCGGGCAUUAGUUUGCUGUGCUCAGCGAUGUUUGAAGCACUGGCAGUGACGUACUUUUACGGUAUUGACAAGUUUGUCCUAGACAUUGAAUCGAUGAUUGGCCACAAGCCCAACUGGUUUUUCGUCAUCAGUUGGAAGUAUGUCAGUCCCAUCUUUCUUUCU